AUGAUAAAUCACAUUGAUCAUCGAAACUCAUUCAGAUACCUUCAAAGAACAAUUGCUUAUGUUCGCCGUGUAUUUCAUCGCACACAAUCACCAACAAGAACACUUUCUCCAAAAGAAUUACGAGAUGCAUUAGUCUUCAUAAUUAAAACUAUUCAGGGCUCAGAAUUUGCAAAGGAAAUCUCUGAUUUAAAACAAUGUAAAGCAGUCAACAGUUCGAGUCAACUAAAUACUUUAGCACCGUUCAUUGACAAACAAGGUGUACUUCGUGUUGGAGGAAGGCUUGAAGCAUCAACAUUGCCAUAUGAUGCUAAACACCCAAUGGUAAUUCCUUACAAUCACUCAAUAGUGAAAUUGAUGUUCAAAAUGAAACAUGAAGAAAAUUCCCAUUGUGCUCCACAAUUAUUGCUAAGCAUAAUGAGACAAAACUUCUGGCCGAUUAAAGGAAAGAUUAUGGCGCGAAACAUUGUUCACAGCUGUGUCAUCUGUUCAAAGGCAAAACCAAAACUGAUGGACCAACUCAUGGGCAACUUACCGACUGAUCGAGUUACUCUAACUAAACCAUUUUUUACCACAGGAGUUGAUUACUGUGGUCCGAUAUGGAUUCAUUAUAAAAUUAGAGGAAAAAGGCCAACAAAGGCAUAUUUAGCAGUAUUUUGCUGUUUCGCGACUAAAGCUGUUCACCUAGAAGUGGUGAGUGACCUGACAACAGAGGCAUUCAUAGCCGCUAUUCAACGUUUUAUCAGCAGAAGAGGAAGAUGCCAAACAAUUUAUAGUGACAAUGCGACUAACUUUGUUGGGGCGAGAAACCAACUACAAGAGCUCCAGUCUACCAUUUAUUCAGAAAAUGGAAAAGAAAAGAUCAUUAAGACCAGUAGUAACAAGGGAAUUGACUUCAAAUUCAUUCCACCAAGAGCUCCUCAUUUUGGAGGACUCUGGGAAGCUGCCGUCAAGUCAGCUAAACAUUUAAUGAUUAAAGGAAUUUUCAACGCUUCAUUGACUUAUGAAGAAUUGACAACAGUCAUAACUGAAAUAGAAGCCAUGUUAAAUUCAAGGCCAAUAACAAAAAUGUCAUCCGAUCCAAAUGAUCUAACAGCGCUUACACCAGGACACUUUCUCAUAGGCGAACCACCUACCACUAAUGUAGAUCCUUAUCAAAAGGAGAGCCGAAUGAGUUUAUCAUCACGAUGGCGUUUAGUUUCUGAACUCAAACAAGAAUUCUGGAGAAGAUGGUCAAAGGAAUAUCUCAAUGAACUCCAAUCAAGGUACAAAUGGAAACAACAAAAGGCAAAUCUAUGCCAAGGUGAUUUAGUCAUUAUUAAAAGAUGA